AUGUCUGUUUUGGGCUAUUUCGAAGCCCUCAGGAUGCAAUGGAUCUUGGCCGUCUCAGAUAACUCAGCGGAAACCUCGGUGUCUCUUCUCCCGAAGCGAGACUUGCCUAUCUUCACAAACGAACAUGAAGUUUUGGGCAAAGCUGCACCGCCCGACGGCAAUCUAGCUGCCGUAUGGGUACUCUACGGAUUGCUCAUGUUUGCACCGGGAAAUUGCGGCCACGCUGCCAUACACACCCAUAUGCAAGUGAAUCCAGCAAUUGAACACAUGUGGCCGUGCGUAAUGGGCGGUGAGAGACUCUCGGAGGCCUACGCACACGGCAGCAAGCAUCCGACAGUCACUUCCUAUUCGUCAACUGAAAGUGGUGGUUCCUGGUCUCUAAUCUUGGGUAUUGCGGACCAUCAUCAUUCCGAUGAUGUUCUCGUGGCUCCGUAA